AUGUCUAUUCUAUCGUCCUACCACUAUCACUACCACUGCGACAGUACCGCGCGGAUAUCUCAGGCCAUCCAAGAAAGACGACCGAUGUGGUUCUCCUUCGUCCGUCUCACAAAUGUUGUCCUGCUGCCCUCGACUCGGCGACGCAACCCAUCUGGAGGUGUCGGAGACGAGGAAAACCCAAGACCUGGCUCUACCCAAUUCGUCAAGACGUGGAAGCGGUUCAUGGCACUUCAGUUUUUGUUUUCCGUCGCUGGAGAUAAAAAUGCGUGGAGAUUUCCAGAUCCGCCGCAACUGCCAAUCGUCACGCGUGACAUCAUUAAAGUCGGCUAG